CGUAGCCUGUCUUGCACCCUCCUCCCAACGCCAGCCUCGCCGACCCUCUCUUUGCCCUGCCAUCCCUCUGGCCUGAUCCAUCCACGCGGUAUGGGAUCGCUAGUGGCGCACGACUUUGGUGGAAACCAUUUUCAUAGUAACAUGUUCGGUGGAGGUGGAGGCGGAGGCCACCAGCAGACUCAAGAGUCGCCCGCAGUCCACCAUACUCCCGUACGACCAUCACCCCAAGUAAAUGCGAACCCUUCAUCGCGAGUCGCACCGCCGCCUGCAGAUGUGCCAAUGGCCGACUCGGGUGCCCCACCACCAGCAACAGCAGCAGCCUCUGCACAUUCCACCAACCCUCCACAUCAAUCCUCCUCCGACCCAGCACAACAUACACGACCUGCCCCAUCGUCGACCUCUCCUUCCACACACCAGUCCCCGACGCACGCUUUACAGUCGCCCUUGGACUCUGCUUCGGCAUCUCCGCGACGCAUAAAAGUAAAGAGCCUGUCUCACAUCCAGAGUUUUGCGACCGACGAAUCCAGCCCUUUUUCUCAGACACGAUCUCUGUCACGGCGGCAACGGCGAGAUCCUAGCGAUGUCGGACCUCAGUAUGAGAUUAGCGAAAUGCCUGUGUCAGACAUCAUAGAAAUGGUGGCAGGCCUAUUGACCAAGAUCACCACGACAAAUGACAGGCAACACGAACAUCUACACCGCCAGAUACCCCCUCCAGAAGGAACCUCUGGCUUGAGUCAACAGACCACCAGCGUACUCGCCUUUCACGGAAAAAAUGUGCCCAGCAUAUCUAUCCUCAGCUAUCUGAGCCGCAUUCAUAAAUACUGCCCAACUACAUACGAAGUCUUCCUCAGUCUAUUGGUCUACUUUGACAGGAUGACCGAAAGAGUCAAUGCAGGGCCUAUGCUCAGCUUGCGUCAAGCCAACCAGCAGUCGCUGGAUCGUGCUAAUGCUGGCAUGGCUGCCACCCCAACACCCACAAGCGGUGCUCCAACAUCAGAGCCACCCACGUCGGUGCCAUCUGUGCAAGCUGCCACCCCUCCACCAUCAGGUUCGCUGGGGAAACCUGCAGAAGCACCCGUCCAAACGUCACAGCCUCCUUCUCCUCCACAACAAGAACUGGACGCAUCUGAUCCCUACAAUCUGUCGCAUUUUUUCGUGGUAGACAGCUUCAACAUACACCGCCUUGUUAUCGCAGGUGUCACCUGUGCGAGCAAAUUCUUCUCGGAUGUGUUCUAUACGAAUUCCAGAUAUGCCAAGGUUGGCGGUCUCCCAUUGGUGGAGCUUAAUCAUCUAGAGCUACAAUUCCUUCUUCUGAAUGACUUCCGCCUUGCGGUGCCUCUGGAAGAGAUGGAGGCUUACGGCACUAUGCUGGUCGAGUUUUACGCUCGGGAAGUUGCGCAACAACAUGUGCAAUCGACAUGA